AUGGCUUCAUCUCUGUUACUGGCGGUGGUGUUUGUGUUUGAUCUGAUUGCUUUUGCUCUCGCUGUUGCUGCAGAGCAGAGGAGGAACACUAUCUCUACUCAACCAGCAAGGUUAAGAUAUAGAUUCCUCUUAGAUGCUGUCAUCAGAAAAUCAAUGCCUAGAAAAGCAGAAUCUGAUCUUUGCCUUACAAUUGCCUCGUUAACUCAGGACAGUGCGGGGAGAAACUACUGUCAAUAUGACUCUGACAUUGCAACCGGCCUAGGUGUGGGGUCAUUGUUCAUACUAAUUGCCAGUCAAGUGAUCAUUAUGGUUUUAACUAGGUGUCUGUGCUGUGGGAAAGCUAUGAGUCCCAGUGGAUCCAGAUCAUGGGCAAUUUGCUUAUUCAUCACCAGCUGGGUGACAUUUAUGAUUGCUGCUGCGUGCCUGCUGGCGGGUUCAGUGAGGAAUGCUUACCAUACCAAGUACCGUGAUCUGAUGGGGGAGAGAGCCCCUUCAUGUCAGACCUUGAGGAAGGGGGUAUUUGGCGCAGGAGCAGCCUUCAUUGUUUUGACAGGCAUAACCUCGGAGCUCUACUACGUUAGUUUUUCAAAAGUUAAUAAUGGUCCCCAUCCCUACGCUCGUGACACUGAUGGUUCAGUUUAUUCAUUUCUCUCACAGCAGCACUAUGAGUGUGAGUAA